GUGGUGAUGGCCUCCCAAUCGAUAAGCCGGCAAACUCCGCCCCGCUAAAACUUUCCUACCGCCAGCACUUUUCCAUCCGUCAAACCACCGCAAACCACCGCAAACUCACCAAACCUCACAACCAUGUCGCAGAAACGCAAACACGCCGACGCGGUCGACGCCGCCGACCUCGAAGCCGCCAACCCCACGACAGCCAAGAAACCGCGCUCAUUCCCCAACGCCGCCAAAACGCGCCACAAGCGGCCCAAUCCCGCCAAAGACAAGGACUCCGAGUACGGCGCCACCGCCAACGCGCUCAAGAACCGCAUUCGCGACUUGAAGCGCUUCCUCGCGCACGUGGAGAAUGUGCCCGCGCACAAAAUGUCGGCGAGCGCGCGCGUCGAGCGUGAAAGGGAGCUCGAGGCGUGCGAGCACGAACUCGCGGAGAAGUCGGCGCGCGCACGCGAGACGGAGCACAGGAAGAAGAUGAUUGGGAAGUACCACCAGGUGCGGUUUUUCGAUCGACAGAAGGCGAGUAGGGUGCUGCGGCGCGUCGCCAAGGAGCUCAAGGCUGCGGAGGACGAGGAGGAGAAGGCCGCGCUGCAGAAGCGGCUGCACAAUGCGGAGGUCGAUGUGAAUUACGCCGUGUCGUAUCCGCUGAUGAAGCCGUAUUCGUCGCUGUAUCCGACGGCGAAGAAGACCAAGGGGGAAGACGACGGAAAGAAGGCGGAGGAGGUCGACGGGCCAAAGGGCGACGUCAUGGUGUGGAAGAUGGUCGAGCAGGCGAUGGCGGACGGCACGCUGGAGGAGCUGCGGAACAGCAAGAGCCGCGACGAGAUUCCGGGCGCGCCGCCGAAGAAGAGCAAGGCGAAGAAGGCGAAGCCUGGGAAAGACACGCCUGCGCCGCCCAAAAAGACGUACGCGCCGCUCGAGAUUCCGAAGAACAGGCGAGAGGCAAGAGCGGCGGCAAGGGAGGCCGAGGCCGAGGACGAAGAUAGCGACGGCGGGUUCUUUGAGUAGCGAUGCAUUAUACCCGAGAAGUACGACAGCGCAUUGCAGGACUAAACCGCAGACAGUGAAACGCAGGCACCCAUGAACGCAGACAG